AUGAUGAGCAAUAACUACGGUGAGGACCAGCUGCCUCCGCAGUACUACCAGGGCACAGAGUUUGGGGAAGAGGAGGAAGACGACAUGCCAGCCACAGAGAAGGACCUGGCCGAGGACGCGCCAUGGAAGAAGAUCCAGCAGAACACCUUCACCCGCUGGUGCAACGAGCACCUAAAGUGCGUCAAUAAGACCAUCACCGACCUGCAGAAGGAGUUCAGUGAUGGGCUGAAGCUGAUUUCACUCUUGGAGGUUUUGAGCCAGAAGAAAAUGUACAGAAAGCACCAUGUCAGACCCAACUUUCGUCAGAUGAAACUGGAAAAUGUCUCUGUGGCCCUGGAGUUUCUGGACAGAGAGCACAUCAAACUGGUCUCCAUAGGUGAGUGACACUUGGGCUCCAAUCACAAAAGAGUUUUAAAUGUUACAGAGAAAAUGGAAUAAUGAGCUGUCAAAUCCACACAAACACAUCCACAUAGUGCAACUGUGCUGUUAUAAACUAGCAGUGCCUGUCAGACAUCUCAGGCCUCGUGAAAUCUACAUUGAGCAGAGGUCAACAGCUUAUUGGAAAGUUACAGCAGAGGUGCCACUGAGGUCAUUAGUUGGUGUCAGGGCCGAGGCCUGGGCGCUUAAACUUCUGCUGCUGAAGCGGGGGGCCGGAAAUUCACUAGGUCUGUGCUAAUGAGAAUGAAGCAAUUCAUAAAUGUGGACAGCAUUGUAGCACACACACACAAACGCAAGGAGGCAGGCACAAGACGCACACACGCACGCUCCUGCACUCAAGGUCAGAGGUCAGAACAACUCACUGGGGCUCUGUGUUGACAGCCUAUUGCUGUCUGCACAGAGCCAGCAGCAGCAGCAGCAGCAGCAGCGGCUCCUGCGAGGUGAGGAUUAAGUCUGCUGGGAUUUUUGGGGGGAUCAGGCUGUGGAACAGAGAGCUGAAGUUACAAUAAAUUGUUGUGGAUAUCUGUCACAUUCACACAGUCACCAGAGGCAGGCUCUACUCAACCAGAAUGCCACCCCUCAGAUAUAUUCAAGGAGAAACAACAAACCUAUUCUGGGAGGCACAGAUUUAGUACGAUGAAGAGUAAUGACUUAAUUAUACACCCGUAGGCAAAGCCACAAUUCAUACAGGAGAAAGUUAUUAACAUUUUGACAGAGUAUUUUCUGUUUUGGUGACUAAUGAUCGUGCCACACACUUGAGUGAAAUUCCCAGUGUGGCUGCAGCUUUGGCCGCUGGACUGUGAAGGCCUCAGUGUGUCCACCUUGAUUCAUACUUAGUGGGUUUAAGAGUGAGUGUGUGAGGAUAGGUUCAGAUCUCGAGAUGAUCUCCGAAGGGUAAAGGUCCAAACAGCAGAUAUCUCUAUAAAGUGUGAUUCCAGGAGAGGGUGUCUUGGAUUUAAUAUGUCAGUGUGUGUCUGGAACAGUUGUCCCAGAUGUAAAGACACUAGGUCAGACUGUUUUGACAGAAACAGGGCGUGAUAAUAGAAGUGCUGGUGUUUUAUUUCCUAACACCCUUUCUCUCCAUGCAGCUGAAGUGGGUCAAUGCAGCCCUCUUAAGAUAAUGUCCUAUCACUGUGACCCAGAGACACUAAAUAAAAUCACCACAGGCUUAACUGCACAUGCACCACAGGAUCAAAACCACACUGUGCCACAUAAUGCCACCUGCCUGUGCCAAUCAAACUGCGGCACAUCAGACAUUAUGCUCCGAUAGGAGGCCCUGAUCUAUGAAAAGAGAGUCAGGCUCAGUAAGAUAGUCAUGUGAUAAACAACUGGCACCAAAGGCCCUCUGUUAUUAAAGUCUUACUGAAUUAACUGGGGUGUAUCGCACUAGAUUAGUCAAUGAACAUUAAAGUCCAGCACUCCUCUGAGGUUCUUUGGCUUAAAUGGCUAAAAUGUCUAAAUGAGAGCGGAUCUAAAAUGGCUUAUUCCACAACUUUUCCUUUGAGAAAGUCAGGAAAUGAGCUGCAUGCAUGCUGUCAAAGGAUCUAAUCUGCCUCUGUGUGAUUUAUCACACUCUAGCGCUACAAGUUUAGGAGGUAAUUGAAAUCCGAGUGGUAUUUAUGCAGAGAGGGAUCCACUUCCACAUAUCCUCAGCUGUCACUGUCUGCAGAGUCGCAUUGUGACUGGAUGACAGAUUGUCAGGGGUCCUCAGCCAGACAGCUGUCUGAGAGAAAAGGGGGCUCGGGGGAAGCAGCGAGGAGCAUUAGAUUCUUGUCUUCUCAGCAGUCAAUCAUCAUUGUUUAUAUUUCCACUCAGAAUAGCCCGGCCAUCUCUGCAGAACAUUAAAAGAAGAGUACUUCAUGUGUUCAUAUGUUGUCCACUUAAUGCUCUUUGGUUUUAAUUUCUUGAUCAGUGGUUCCUAAGGUCCAGUAACAAUGACAGUAUAUCUGCAAGGUGCCGUCAAAUAGUGAACAAAUAAAUACUGAGGGGUGUGGUUUAUUAUGUGAACUUUUUGGAAGUUAUAAAUCCUCAUAUUUCCCUUUUUCUCGACUGUCCAAAUACAGAUAGCAAAGCCAUUGUGGAUGGGAAUCUAAAGCUGAUUCUGGGUCUUAUCUGGACCCUCAUUCUCCACUACUCUAUCUCCAUGCCCAUGUGGGAUGACGAUGACGAUGAAGAGACUAAGAAGCUGACCCCCAAACAGCGCUUGCUGGGCUGGAUACAGAACAAGGUGCCCCAGCUGCCCAUCAACAACUUCAACCGUGACUGGCGGGAUGGCAAAGCCCUGGGAGCUCUGGUGGACAACUGUGCCCCUGGUAAGAUGUGUGUGCAGGGAUGGGCUGAGCUCACAGGCGAGGCAGAGUGAAUGCUGAGUCAGAAUGCAUAUGAUGAAUGUCAAAAGGCUUCUUGUGUGCUGUGGUUUUCCUUGGUUGCUAUAGAGGCUGAGGUCAGGCAUGUGUCAGUCAGUAUGUCAGAAACUCUAUCACCUCCCUAGGACAAUUUGUCUCCUUUGCUCCUCAUUUAGACAUAAGUUUGGAGUAAACACACAUGCAAACACAGCCCGAUUCAGAUUCAGACGUCAGCCACAGUAAUCUUUCUCUGGGGACCAGGUAGUGUUGGUGGGUUGCAGUGGGGUUGCUGAUGGCCUGAGGACGUCCCUGCCAGCUGUCCCACAAUGACUGAAGCUUUCACUCUCACUUUUUCAAGCCCUAAGGCCCAAGCCUGGCUUUAGUGUUUAUAGCCUUACCGCUAAACAACACCCCCAAAUUUGGGCACCAAUCCCCCUGUUCUGUCGAGGGGUAGGCUUGGCUUCACAUCAAAAUGCAGAGUGAUCCGUCAUAGGGAGGUGCCUAAGCCACAGAUCCAAGGACCACAAGGCCACAGCUUGAGUCAAUGCCAGUUGAGCACCAGGCUGUGUUUUCCAGGCCGGGCUUUAAAGGGGGAGAGGUGGAGGAGUAGUAAGAGGAGAGAUGAACGCGUGUUCAAGUGUUUUUAUAAGAGCCAUUGAUCUGUGCAGACACAUCUUUCAAACACGGUGCUGCAACACUGACCAUACAAGGUUCUGCUGUUUCAUCAGCUAACACCAAACAGCAAGAUGACUGACGAAACAAGCUUGGUGCUGAAAAACAGAAACAUACAAGGAGCUUUUGAUAAAAAAGUUAACUGGCCUUAAACAAGGAUCCAUCUAAGGUUUUAUUUGGAAACCAGCUAUGUGAAAUCUGCCUGUAUUUAUCAAUUAUAUAAUUUUGAUUAGGACAAGUUUUUUUUGAUAAACAUGAGCAUUAAUGGCUCUUCUGUAUGUUGCUAUGAACCACGUCUGUGUUUAUACUCCCCAUAUUAAAACAGUAGAAGUCCUAUCCUGCUGCCUGUAAAACGAGAGCUUUCUUCAGUCUUUUCUGUAAUAUUUCCGUAUACUGAGAUGUGCAUAAUGCCUCCCUGUUAGUGCUUUUGUUCCGAGUCUCCAUUAAUCAGAUAAUGGUAUUCAGUGGUUUGCCUGUAUGGGCCUUUUAAGCGAAUGCCGACUUCAUGGCCAGCACUAAUCCAAUUUAGGUAUUAGCUGCACACAGCAGGUUAGCGUCAGUGAAAGUGUACGAGUGUCUGGAGGUUGUCUCUUUUAAAUAGUCGAGAGACGUUCAUUUUCUUCAUUCACAGGAGCAAAGCAGUGUGGGUAAGGUCAUGCAGUGAUGUAGUCGGAGGUGUUGAAAAGUAUUGACGGCCCAUGUGGCCUUGUUAUAGCGAGUGCAGUGUAACACCUACUGCAUUCAUAUGUGCAGAAUUAUAACCCUGCCUGUGUUCUGUUAGGUCUGUGUCCUGAUUGGGCAGAGUGGGACCCAAACAAGCCUGUGCAGAAUGCCAGAGAGGCCAUGCAGCAGGCUGACGACUGGUUGGGCGUGCCUCAGGUAAGAUGCAUGACAGACGAUGGUUAAAAAGUGCCUUUGAGUUUGCAUAAGCUCAGCUGGAGCAAACUUGAAUAGACUACCAAUAUCUGAAAACAGCAGGUGCCUGUUUUUCUAUGGGUAAACUAGCACAUUAUUUUCAGUUUUCAACUGUUAAAAACAAGUUUCAAGAUGCAUUUCCAAAUGCAAAUAUGCCUCACCACAUGUACAUACUCCUGCAAGGCAGUGCUGAACUAAAAACAGGCAGUUCUGUGCAUGAUAUGGAGCCCAGUGUUUUUCAGAGAAAUCCUGCUUGAGGGGUGUCAUGAAUUAUUUAUUUCUCUUCUCACGUCUAAUAUUUCCAUUUACUGUAGUGUAGCCCUUAGUAAGUGAGCUUGCAGAAUUUUAUUUAGUAGAUUUGAGAAUCUGUGGAUGUGAGAGAUUUCUUAACACCUUCAGAGCCAGCCAAUGAAACAGAGGUGUAAAUAUGCACAUGCUGCUCAGAAUAACAAUGUGGACAGAGCCAGAGUGUGAUAUUUCCAGUCCCUUUUGUGUGACUCUGAGUCUUCUUCAUGUAAUGUGCACUAUGCUGCUUGUUUAUUUGUUUGUCUAAGACACAGGGCUAGCUAUUCUCCAUGUGGCUUAGCAUUGGUGGGAUAGCCGUGGGGCGUAUGUCAUGGCUUUGCAGGGCUGGGGUGGGGGGCUAGAUUCCAGUGUGGCAGUGUUAAGAAGAUGUGGGAGAGGUCUGGCUCAGGAUAAAUCCCCCCUCCCUCCCCCCCUUGGCUUAUUGAAGGCAACAAUCCUUAACUCUUCUGUCCUGGGGUUAAAUAUAACUAGCAUGGAGCGUGGCUUUGUGCCACUGUGUGAUAGGCAGACAAACAAGUGCUAAAAGGGAGAGAGGAGUCAGAGGUUCAGGGAAUAACUAAGUUUAAUCCCUGCUUAAUCCCAUUGCACUUUACUCAAUAAAGGAAAUUGGUAUUAAGAGCCAACUAUCCCCUUGUAACAAAUGAAAAUGCAGUUAUUACAAACAUUUAUCAGGCUAUGGUGGGUUUUUGUGAUCAUGGUUUUUGCAUAAAAACUCAGCUUGACCCUCAAUAUUGAUUAUACUUUUCAAUUUAUUUCCAUAUUUAACCCGUCAUAUUGGUCAUCUUUUGCGCUUUAGGUGAUUGCCCCUGAGGAGAUUGUGGACCCAGAUGUGGAUGAGCACUCAGUGAUGACCUACCUGUCCCAGUUUCCCAAGGCAAAGCUGAAGCCUGGAGCUCCUCUCAAAGCCAAACAGCUUUUCCCAGACAAAGCGAAAGCUUAUGGGCCUGGUGGGUAGCCUUGAAGACCUGCAGAGUUCACAACCCAUUAGUUUGCCACAGAAUCACAUAAAAACCUCAGCAUGUAUCAUAAGCAUUUUACUUUUAUGAUUCUUUUGGAAGACGUUAUGUUGAUGUGUCACCGUGUGUCUCCAGGUAUUGAACCACAUGGCAACAAGGUUCUGAAACCAGCUGUAUUUACCGUGGAAACUCUGGAGGCUGGCAGUGGUGAGGUCUUGGUCUAUGUGGAGGAUCCUGAGGGACACAAAGAGGAGGCAUGUUACACUUGAAAGACCAAGGGGUCAUGGGGUGCUCGCCAGCUCGGAGAAUUCAGCGUCUUAGUUUACCAUCAACUCUAACUUUGUCUUCUCAUCCUCUAGGCUAAAGUUAAACCCAACAAUGACAAAAAGAGAACUUACACCGUCACCUAUGUUCCAAAGGUUGAAGGUGUUCACAAGGUGAGAUCAACCUGUUUUUUUUGACUGAUGUACAUUCAAUUGAUGCUUAACAUGAUACAUGAAAAUGAGGUCUAAACUUGUCUUACUUUCCCCAUUUUAGGUUAAAGUGCUGUUUGCUGGUCAGGACAUUGACAAGAGUCCAUACACAGUGAAUGUAGCUAAAGACAUAGGUGACCCCAACAAAGUUCAUGCGAGGGGACCAGGCCUGGAUCCAACAGGCAAUGUGGCAAACAAGCCCACCUAUUUUGACAUCUACACAGCUGGUUAGUAUUGAGUAUUCAACCACAUUAAGUGAAUAAAGCCACUAAGUUUCUCAUCACUUGUGAUUAAGUUGUCUGUUCUCCCUUUCAGGUGCGGGUAAUGGUGACGUCAGUGUGGUCAUUGUUGACCCUCAGGGCAAAAAGGACACAGUGGAGCUCAUCCUGGAGAACAAGGGCGAUAGUGUUUUCCGUUGUACUUAUCGUCCCGUGAUGGAGGGACCUCACAAGAUCCAUGUCCUAUUUGCAGGCCAGGAGAUCCCCAAGAGCCCCUUUACCGUCAACAUCGCAGAGGGUGAGCCAUCUGUCUGUGCUGUAAAUUACUGUCAUACAAAUCAGAUUUCCUAGCGUGCAGUUAGUGUCAGGGCGAACUAUCCGUCACAAUCUACAGUCAUUUUGUUGUCCCUGGGAACAGCCUCCAAGUUUAGACCAUAAUUCUUCCUAUCUGUCAUUUCUAGCUCCACCAAUUGCUCCUUCUGUGGGGGCUCCACUGCAGAUAGUACCACAGUCAGUGCUCACCCCUCCUGGAGCAAAGGGUGGGAGGGGGGCACCCCCCACAAAACCUGGUCGUCCAAGUUAGUAUGGCCUGCUGGGAGAAGCCUGUGCCCAAUGCUCAGCCAGAUUCCCUCAAACUUAUUUUUGAAGUUGCAGAUACAAAUCUGCACGGCUCUGUGAGACUAGGGUGCCGCGGCUGCGUGCCGUGCUUGGACGCCUGCUCCUUCUUCUUGCAUCUUGCGGCUUGAUGACUUAGUUGUGUUCAGAGGGCAGCGAGAUUCAAUGUUGUUCGAAAUAUUGUCCCACUCUGCAUUUCUGUUGACUAUGUUCUGUUCUGUUAAAUAUCUUUGCUUGUGCUGUUGACAUGUUUGUUUUAUCUCAUCUAAAUUUGCAUCAGCCAGCAUUGAGUUUAAGCCUGCAGUCAACAUUUCAGAGUGACUGAAAUGUUGUCAGAAGCUCCCCCGGUGCACUCAGCUAUAUCAAUAUCCCUUUACUCUCUGCACUUUGUGCUGUUUGUGCAGCAAAGAGCACCAUUCUCAUUUACAGGUUCUGUCAGUCUGCCUUUAAGGAAUCCCACAUGAAUUGUAUACGUUCCUAUCUUUGCCACUAACAUCGCUGUCUACUGCUGGCUACUCUCGGCUUUCUUUUGCUGUGCUAAAUAUUUCUCUGUGGUCUCACACUUGUUGUCAUUCUUUUCAGCCAUCAACCCAAACGCCUGCAGAGCAACAGGCAGAGGCCUUCAGCCUAAAGGUGUGAGAGUAAAAGAGGUUGCAGACUUCAAAGUUUUCACCAAGGGAGCUGGAAGCGGAGUGUUGAAUGUCUCAGUCAAAGGACCAAGUGAGUCCGACAGCUGGAUCCCUCCUCCUACUUUUAUAGACAUAUUUCCUCUUUGAGUUUUUAUUUAAAGAAAGCCUUUGCAUAGGCAUGUGAUAGAGGGCUAAGCAUAAUGCAUAAAAUGUUGCUUUGACUUGAAAGAAAUCCAUAUUGUCUGUAUUAUUCAUGCUCAGCUGGAGCAGAGGAGAAAGUGAAAGUACGAGACGCAGGAAACGGUGUGUAUGAGUGCGAAUAUUUGCCCCUAAAGCCUGGCAAAUACACAGUCAGCAUCACCUGGGGAGGCCAGCCCAUCCCACGCAGGUACAGUUCUCCGGCUGCCUUUAGCUAAUCAUCGACUAAGAAAAUUCACUUUAACGCAUGAUAACAUUGUGCAUUCUUGUAUGCCACAGCCCCUUUGAGGUGGAGGUGGGACCAGAAGCAGGUUUCCAGAAAGUAAGGGCCUGGGGUCCAGGUCUGAAGACUGGCAUGGUUGGAAAAUCAGCUGACUUUGUGGUAGAGGCCAUUGGCACUGAAGUUGGAACAUUAGGUGAGCCAUGCAGACGUGAUACAAACUCUUCUGAGGGCAAAAUUGUAUGCAUCCUAAAUGAAAAAAAAUAAUACAAUGUUAAUUAUUUUGGAAAUGUUCAGGCUUCUCCAUUGAAGGGCCAUCACAGGCUAAAAUUGAGUGUGACGAUAAGGGUGAUGGCUCCUGUGAUGUGCGCUAUUGGCCCACUGAGGCUGGUGACUACGCUGUCCACGUCAUCUGUGACGAUGAGGACAUUAAGGACAGCCCCUUCAUGGCUCACAUCCUCCCUGCAGACAACGAAGUCUUCCCUGAGAAGGUAACUUCUACUCAAUGGAUUCUGUCGUAUUUCCUUGAGCAUAAAGCAGGUAACCUCGGCGCCUUGUCCAAAAUAAUCCAAUAAACGAUGAAAUGUUGCAGGUUAAAGCCUUCGGUCCAGGUCUUAAGCCAACUGGCGUCAUUGUGAACAAACCAACUGAAUUCACCAUUGAUGCCCGCAUGGCUGGGAAGGGUCACCUCAAGAUCUAUGCACAGGUACAGAGACUGUGAUUGUUUAUUUAUAGGAUGGCAUCAUUUAUAUUGCAUGUGGGCAUACGCAUGAGAGCUGACAUGUUUUUGUAUCCCUUAAGGACGCCGAAGGCUGUGCCAUCAACAUCAAAAUCACUGACAAGGGAGAUGGCACCUUUCUGUGUGUGUACACUCCUGUCAAACCCAUCAAACACACCAUCAUCAUCACCUGGGGGGAGGUCAACGUGCCCAACAGUCCCUUCAGAGUAAGACACAUGACAGCAGUCACACACACACACACACACACACAACAAACACAUAAAUGUGCUGCACUUUAAAUUGAGUGAACUUAAUAUAAUGAUACUUGAGGAAAUAAGAGGGCUGCAGUGGUUCUACUUCAACAGAUUGCUUUUGCCUCAAGUAUGCUGUGAUUUCAUUAGGUGCUGGUUGGAGAAGGUUCUCAUCCAGACAAAGUCAAAGUCUAUGGGCCUGGAGUGGAGAAGACGGGGCUCAAGGCUAACGAGCCAACAUACUUCACUGUUGACUGCGGCGAGGCCGGUCAAGGUGAGCAUUUGUGGAUUAAGUUGAACUUUUAAUGAAAUUAGAGCUGUGUGACAUAAGUGCUGAAAAAUAUAAGCAUAGAGUUAAUCCAUGUCUGCAGCUCAGCCAACUAAGUGCAGAAAAGUUUUUUGAAAUGUACUUGAGAUAAAGCUCCAGGCAUUGGAGUGACAGCUUCUAUUUAUUCUGAUCAUCUGCUUCUGUCUGACCUCUCUGAACUGUGCUCAUUUCUAUGCACCAUUAGGGGACAUCAGUAUUGGAAUCAAGUGUGCCCCUGGGGUGGUUGGCCCUGCUGAGGCAGACAUCGACUUUGACAUCAUCAAGAAUGACAAUGACACCUUCACUGUCAAGUACACUCCCCCUGCUGCGGGCAAAUAUACCAUCAUGGUGCUGUUUGCUGACCAGGUAAAAUAACUGUUUCUACAUUUGUUUUUAGAGAGUUUUUUUAACUGUUUUAUUUUUAAUAAAUGCGUCAUUAUUUUCUGCUGUUUUUAGGAAAUUCCCAUCAGUCCAUUCAAAGUCAAAGUGGAUCCUUCCCAUGAUGCGGGCAAAGUAAGAGCAGAAGGUCCUGGACUCAACAAGACAGGUGAGAUCCAGUGACUGAGAACAUAAACACCACUCAUACUACAUUCAUGGAGAUUUGCAUCUGAAACAAACACCUACUACCAUACAUUGAUGUCAUACUAACUCUUUGGUCUGACUAAGAAUGGUAGCACUAACAAAACAUGUGCAUGUUUCAGGUGUGGAGGUGGGCACUCCAACCCACUUCACCAUCUACACAAAGGGAGCUGGCAAGGCCAAGCCUGAGGUGCAUUUCGCACCAUCAGGCCCGGGAGAGGCAGUUCGUGACUUUGAGAUCAUCGAUAACCAUGAUUACUCCUACACGGUCAAGUACACAGCUCUUCAACAGGUACAGUAGGCCUGUGUUUGAAGUCCAUUAACAUCAUAGCAGGAUAGAGAAAUUACUCAUGCCAACGCCUCCUAUUUAUUCUUUCUCAUGCUUUUUCAGGGUAAUAUGGCAAUUUCAGUCACUCAUGGAGGGGAUCCCGUUCCCAAGAGCCCCUUCCACAUCACUGUGGCUCCACCUCUGGAUAUUGGAAAGGUUAAAGUGGAGGGACUAGACAACAGUACGUUACAUACAUCUACUGGUAGUACAUUUAUGUUUUUAUCACAUAGAGUUUUUAAGUGUUUAAAUGCUGCUUUUCUCUGCAGAAGUGGAGGUCGGAAAGGAUCAGGAGUUCACAGUUAACACAAAGGGCGCUGGUGGGCAGGGCAAUGUAGGUGUGAAGAUGACUUCACCCUCUGGCCGACCAAUCCCAUGCAAGCUGGAAUCAGACAAAGCCAAAGGCACUCACAGUGUCAAGUAUAUCCCCCCAGAGGAGGGGCAGUACAAGGUUGAUGUCAGCUAUGAUGGCAACCCAGUGAUGGGAAGUCCCUUUGGGGUUGAAGCAGUCAUGCCUGCCGAUCCCUCAAAGGUAAGAGUUCAUGAAGGCUCAGAGUACUUCUUCACUUUGAAACUAGUGCACACAACAUGUAAACUUUAAGAUUUUUCAAUAUAAGCUGAUGAUUGGACAAGUAAAAACCUGACAUGGUUUUUGCGUCACAGGUGCGAGCCUAUGGCCCAGGCCUGAAGGGAGGCAUUGUGGGUAAACCAGCUCCAUUCACUAUUGACACAAAGGGAGCUGGUGCAGGUGGGCUUGGCCUGACCGUGGAAGGUCCCUGUGAGGCAAAGAUUGAGUGCCAGGACAAUGGUGACGGCACAUGCUCAGUGAACUAUCUCCCCACUGAGGCAGGGGAGUACGCCAUUAACAUCCUGUUUGCCGAGAAGCACAUCCCUGGAUCUCCCUUCAAAGCUCCAGUACGCCCAGCUCUCGACCCCAGCAAGGUAACAGCCAGUGGGCCUGGUCUUGAGAAGGCCAAGGCAGGAGAACCAGCAACCUUCACUGUGGAUUGCACCCACGCAGGAGAUGCUGAGCUCACCAUUGAGAUUGUGUCAGAGACAGGAGUUAAAGCUGAAGUGCACAUCCAGAAAACUGCAGAAGGAACCUUCUCUGUCACAUACAUCCCCCCCUUCCAUGGCAGACACACCAUCACCAUUAAAUAUGGCGGUCAAAUGAUCCCCCAGUUUCCCAAGGUCCUUCAAGUUGAGCCCUCUGUCGACACCAGUGGGGUGCAUGUUUAUGGCCCAGGAGUGGAGCCCAGAGGUAACCAGAUCAAGAGGCCUGGCUUCAAAUAUGAAUUAAAAUAAGAAGUGUUAGAAAUAACCAGUUAAAUGAUUAAUUGACAGAAAAGUAACGUUUUCUUUAACAGCUUCCCAGAUAUGUAACUUAAGUCUGUUUUAAAUAAACGUUUUUAGUAUUUUAUUGAUGGCUAGUGAGCUAAGACAAUUCAUUAGUCAAACUAAAUACUUGGCUUUUAAUGGAUGAUAAAAAAUAGUACUGUUAUAGUCAAAACUAUUUUUACUGUUUGAAUAGCAGCUCCUCGAUCUGUUACAGAAAUGUGACGUUUCAGGUUUUAUGAUACCUUUGUGAACAAAUCACCUAGGGAGCUUUUUUUUGUUUCUAGGGGUCCUCAGAGAAGUUACAACCCACUUCAUCGUUGACGCGCGCGCCCUCAACAAGGUUGGGGGAAAUCAUGUUAAGGUUCACGUUAUCAACCCCUCAGGCUCCAACACAGACACCUACGUCACUGACAAGGGAGAUGGCACCUACAGAGUGGAGUACACAGCAUUUGAAGAUGGUAAGAGAAGAGUAUUUUUACCAUUAUUACCAAAAAGUAGUACUAUUUACUUACUUACAGGAUCAUGCAGUGUCAAGGGAAUAAUUCGUGUAAGAUCUAUGAAACAGAUGUAACUGAAAACAAACAUAAUGUGAACGUAAAGAAGAAGGAAUUUGCAUCUAGCUGCUUGAAAAUGAGAAGGGGGAAAACUGCUAACAGGUGCUGCUGUCGGGUGCCAUUUGGGAAUAUAACAGGGGAGAGGGAAAAGAAAGAACAAGAGAGGGGUAUAAAUACAGAAUGAUGCAUUGGCGCAAUGAUGUGAGGGGCAAAGAGCAGGGAGGCAGACUGGCUCUGUUUUAUAAAUAGGGCGCUCUGGAACAGAAGCUCUUAACCAGGCAGGUAUCUGUGCUAAAGGCUGCCUGUACACAGCUAUACAGCAGGGGAGUGACAGGGGAUAUUAAUAGAGACCCAUAACACAAAGCAAAGAGAUCACAGAGCACUUCUCCACCACCAGACAUGCUCUAAUAUCACAGCAGUGCGGGCUGGGAAUCUGGCAUAUAGGCCCACUGAGAGAGCUCUGUUAGAAGGAUGUUGUAACAGAAUAAGGAAUAAGAAACAGAUGUAACGACUUGUAUGUUCACCAGAGCGUUUGUGCUCUGGAUGGCGCUUUUUAUGAAUAAACAAACAAAUGUUUAUUUUUCUCAAAAGAGAUUUUUUUGGCCUGGAAUUAAAAUAAGUAGAAAAAAAGAGAUAAAAUAUUUGCUUGCUUUGAGAUGUAUGACAUCAGAUCAUGUACUUACGCAACUAUCUGCAUGCAGGGAUGCAUCUGAUUGAGGUGCUUUAUGACGAUGCUCCUGCACCCAAGAGUCCCUUCAGGGUGAGUGUGGUGGAGGGAUGUGAUCCAACCCGGGUCCGUGCUUUUGGGCCAGGUCUGGAGGGAGGAAUUACCAACAAGCCAAACUGCUUUACAGUGGAGACCAGGUACUGUUUGAUCAGAUUUUAAGGAGAAAGCUUACUUGUAUGAACUGAGCUAAAAUGUGUAUAAUAAUGGAACUGGCUUCUCUCUUAGGGGUGCUGGUACGGGAGGCCUGGGCUUAACCAUUGAGGGAGCAUCAGAGUCAAAAAUAUCCUGCAAAGACAACAAAGAUGGCAGCUGCAGUGUGGAGUACAUCCCCUUCACUCCUGGGGAGUACGAUGUCAACAUCAACUAUGGAGGUCAGCCGAUCCCUGGCAGUCCAUUCCGUGUACCUGUCAAGGACCCUGUGGAUCCUAGUAAAGUGAAGUGCUCAGGUCCAGGUCUUGGUGCUGGAGUGAGAGCCCACGUUCCUCAGACUUUCACAGUGGACUGUAAACAGGCUGGACAGGCCCCACUGGAUGUCAAACUCUAUGGCCCAUCAGGUAAAUGCACGCUGAUAACAAUGACGUUAACACCUGGCUUUCUUUAGCCGUUAAUUAUGCAUAAUAAUCUCCAUACUGUCUAUUUUUUAGGUACAGUGGAGCCAGUUGGUGUGAAGAACAAUGGUGACGGCACCCACACAGUGCACUACACCCCAGCUCAGGAUGGCCCUUAUACUGUAGAUGUCAAGUACGCAGAUCAAGAAGUCCCACACAGGUACUGUGUGAAUUAAAACUCGGCAGUACUUGAGGAUGUGUCUUAAUUAAAGUUCUACUCUCUCUGAGUGCAUUUAAAAGGAAAUGUGCAGUUCAGCAAUUUUACUGCUCCCACUUCUCUCUUUUGUGAGACUGAGUUUAGUAAUUACUCAUGACACUCUCUUCUUCUUCUUCAACAGUCCUUUCAAGGUAUUGUCUCAGCCCGGGCAUGAUGCCAGUAAGGUGCGUGCUAGUGGCCCCGGACUGGACAAAAAAGGUGUGCCUGCAAGCCUUCCAGUCGAGUUCACCAUAGAUGCGCGGGAUGCUGGAGAGGGACUGCUCACUGUGCAGAUUCUGGUGGGUUUUAAAAAAUGUGCAUAAUCAUUUCUGAAUCAGAAGACACCAUCUAACAUAAGUGGUUGUUUUAUAUUGAAAGGACCCAGAGGGAAAGCCAAAGAAUGCAACAAUCCAGGACAACAGGGAUGGCACCUACACUGUCUCCUAUGUGCCUGACUCCACGGGCCCCUACACCAUUACCAUUAAAUAUGGAGGAGAUGAGAUCCCUUAUUCCCCGUACAACAUCCAGUCUCUUCCUACAGGGGAUGCCAGCAAAUGUCGUGUCACAGGUAAGAAGGCCAGUACGGAUCUAUUCAUUGUCGAGUAAACAAAUAACUUGAUUUCAUUUGUAAUAAAACUUCUGUAUCCUUCCAGUUUCAAUUGGAGGGCACAGCGUAUGUGAGUAACCAAGACCAUGCUUUCACUUGUGCAAAAUUUCUAUAAGAUAUUUAAAAUCAGUACAUUUCUCACCCUUUUUUCCUAUUGCUCCUCUGUCCCAAACAGCAAGUCUUCAAAAGCUGCAGGCCUCAGAGGAUACAGUUAUCACUGUGGAUGCAAAGGCUGCCGGGAAAGGCAAGGUGACCUGUAAGGUGCUCACCCCACAGGGGAUGGAGGUAGACAUGGAUGUGGUGGAGAAUCAUGAUGGGACCUUUGACAUUUACUACACCGCCCCUGAACCUGGGAAAUAUGUUAUUACCAUCCGCUUUGGGGGGCAGAACAUCCCUAAGAGCCCCUUUCAUGUGGUGGUGAGUAAAAGAGAACUUAAGCGGCUAAUAGUUAGUCCUGGAUGCACACUGGUUCUGACAUUUACUCAGAUGAAACCAACAAUUUCUCUUCUCUGUGUAUUGACAGGCCACAAAUGAGCCAGUCGUCCCCCGGGAUACCGUGGAUCCUCUCUUCCGUCCUGUUAACUUCCUCGUCCCCUUCAUGCCACAGCACGGAGAAAUCACAGGUGUGACUAACUCCACUCAGACAGAAAAAUGUCUUGUUAAGUUCACUGGUGUUAAACUAAACUGACGUCUUUUCAGGGGAGGUGCGGAUGCCUUCAGGCAAGACUUCUCGCCCUCAUAUCACUGACAAUAAGGACGGCACCAUCACGAUCAAGUACCAGCCCACAGAGAGGGGUUUGCACGAGAUGGACAUCAAAUAUGAAGGCAAUCACAUUCCAGGUUAGAAAAAAAUACAUGGAGGAGUAUAUUUCUCUAAAAAUAAACUGCAUUUAUUAUGGAUUUUUUGGUUUUUAUUUACACAAGUUCUGCGUCUGUACUUCAUUUUCCACAGGAAGCCCACUGCAGUUCUAUGUGGAUGCUGUAAACAGCGGGGUAGUAACUGCAUAUGGUCCAGGUCUGAGCUACGGCACAGUCAACAAAGCUGCCACUUUUACCGUAGUCACCAAGAAUGCCGGAGAAGGUAUCAAGCUGCACAUUUAUAGCAAUAUUUGCCGCCUCAAAGUGGGAUGUAAUAAUGAUGUUACACAAAAAAAGUGCAGAGAAGUGAAAUUCUGUGCACGCUUUCUCCCUCCCAGGUGGUCUGUCCCUGGCAGUGGAAGGCCCCUCUAAGGCUGAGAUCACCUGUAAGGACAAUAAAGACGGCACCUGCACUGUGUCCUACCUGCCCACAGCUCCUGGAGACUACAACAUCAUUGUCAAGUUUGACAACAAACACAUUUCUGGCAGUCCCUUUACUGCGAAGAUCACAGGUGGGGAAAUAAAACCUUCUGCACUAUUUUAUACUGCUAGGGUAGAUUUAUAGGGGAUGUCUUUUCAUAAAUUAGGUUUUAGGGGUUGACAAACAUCUAAAUUGCCUUUUUUAUGUAUAGGGGAUGACUCCAUAACUAGAACAUCCCAGCUGAACGUUGGCACAGCAGCCGACGUGUCCCUGAAGAUUGCAGAGACAGAUCUGAGCUCUCUAUCAGCCAGUAUCCGAGCUCCAUCAGGCAAUGAGGAGCCCUGCCUGCUCAAGAGACUACCCAACAGACACCUCGGUGAGAAAUUCACUUCCUAGAUACAGGAAAAAAGGAGAGCAGAGCAGAUAAGACACUGCUGGAUGCAAUAUAGUUCCCUUUUUCUGUCCUUAUUUUUUUUUCCUCUCUACCUUCUUUAAAUUGCCAGGCAUUUCUUUCACCCCGAAGGAGGUUGGCGAGCACGAAGUAAGCGUGAGAAAGAAUGGCGUGCACGUAGCUAACAGCCCUUUCAAAAUCAUGGUGGGUCAGUCAGAGAUUGGUGAGGCCAGCAGAGUGAAAGCUUUCGGGAAAGGCCUGGUGGAGGCACACACUUUUGAAAUGGCUGAGUUUUUCGUGGAUACAAGGAAUGCGGGUGAGCGUCACAGACCCUAUGUUUCAGUGCUGUAUCAGCAAAAACAAAGAGGGGCUAAUCCUUUAUAUAUCUACCUGCUUUGCUUCUUUUAGGUUAUGGCGGUCUAGCAUUGUCGAUUGAGGGCCCAAGUAAAGUGGAUAUUAACUGUGAAGAUGUGGAGGAUGGGACAUGCAGAGUGACCUACUGUCCAACAGAACCUGGGAGUUACAUCGUCAAUAUCAAGUUUGCUGAGAAGCACAUCCCAGGUUAGUUUUUCUUCUUUGAAAAUGUACUAAUAAAAAAUUUAAGAUGAGUAGUUAUAGUCUGAAAAACUAAUUUCUUCCUCACAAAAUGAAUGUUUGUGCACUCCAGGAAGUCCCUUCACAGUGAAGGUAACCGGAGAAGGAAGAAUGAAGGAGAGUAUUACUAGAAAGAGACAGGCGUCUUCUAUUGCUUCAGUGGGCAGCACAUGUGGCCUUAACCUCAAGAUCCCAGGUAAGCACAUAAGCCGGGCUGAAGUGGUUAAAGGGCAGUGGUCAACCAUCCUCAAAGAAUAAACCCACUGAAAACUCACAUUUGUAUUCUUGCCGAUUCCUCUUCCCUGUAGGAAACUGGUUCCAGAUGGUUUCAGCUCAGGAGAGGCUGACCAGAACGUUCACCCGCAGCAGCCACACCUACACCCGCACUGAGCGCACAGAGAUUAGCAAAAUACGCGGGGGAGAGACCAAGAGGGAGGUACGAGUGGAAGAGAGCACCCAGGUGGGUGGAGGAGGAAGCCCCUUCAGAGAUGUGUUCGGAGAUUUUCUCGGUAGAGAGAGUCUCAGUAGCUUCGCCGGCAUCACUGCCAGACCUGAGGGUGAGAGAACAUCUCAUUUUUGGAAACAUUAGUCAAUGCUGUAGGUCUUGAUUGUAUCUAAAUAACUCUGCAAUGCCUCUUUGUUAUAUCUAGUUGAAAGUGGCUCUCAGGCUAUGACGGCUCAGGUCACCAGCCCCGGCGGCAAAACAGUGGAUGCUGACAUCGUGGAUGGAGGGAGCAGCACCUACAGCGUGCGCUUCAUCCCGCAGGAAAUUGGACCCCACACUGUAAAUGUCAAGUACAGAGGUCAACACGUCCCUGGUAGCCCCUUCCAGUUUACUGUGGGACCCAUGGGAGAGGGCGGAGCACACAAAGUUCGUGCGGGAGGACCUGGUUUAGAAAGAGGCGUGGCCGGGGCACCCUGUGAGUUCACUGUGUUGGCAUGAGCUAUAUGACAGCAACCAUAAAUGAAAGGAUCCCUCAUCUAAUCGAGCUGUAUUUCAUCCUUUGCAGCUGAGUUCAGUAUCUGGACCAGAGAGGCAGGUGCUGGUGGUCUGUCCAUCGCAGUAGAGGGUCCCAGCAAGGCGGAAAUCUCCUUUGAAGACAGGAAGGAUGGUUCUUGCGGCGUCUCGUACAUCGUUAAAGAACCAGGUAAAACUUUUACCACCUUGAAGUGUUAAAUACGAUUGUACUCACUGAACUUCUAAACUUUGAUGUCAUUUCUACAUUACUUCCUCCACUUUAUGCUACGGUGAAAGUAAAUAACCUGUCUGCUUCUCAGGUGACUAUGAGGUGUCAAUCAAGUUCAACAAUGAGCACAUCCCUGACAGCCCAUUCAUCGUUCCAAUUGCUACACUGUCAGACGAGGCCCGCAGGCUCACUGUCACAAGCCUUCAGGUAACAUCACACACACACACACACACACACACACACACACACAGCUGACAAAUUCUCAUUAAUUUGCGGCUCAAAACUAUCAAAGACACAACACAUGCACGCACUAUAUUGGGGAGGAUAACAGAUUGCAUUCGGCACAAUGUAUGAGUGAUGGUGGAUAUUUCUGCCCAAUAGCACUUUGCCCUUGAAGUGUAAUUGAAUGCCAGAGUUGGAGCAGUAUCCAUGACUAUAAUACUGUGAUUCUGGCCGGUGAUGAAGGGCUGGAUUAACUGUCCCGCUCUUAUGUGGGGCAACACAAGCUGUGCUAUGUGUGGGCAGUCAGAUUGUGUUUCUGUCUGAGAGGAAGAAAAGAAGAAAGGAGUGAGCUGGAGUUGAGAACUCUUUUAACCAAACCUGUGACAGCUCCCAAUAUUGGGUCCUCUUACUUCAUGGAGGCUUGAUUUAUUUGCUUUCACAGUUUCCAUUACAGCUGCCAACAAUGCUAAAAACAUGUAUUUUUAGCUUACUGAAAUGCCACUUCAGAGUGCUUUUCCCAGCACGAGAAGCCAGGUGAAGUGCAAUAUCAGACAAACGUUUAAAAUGUCACGCUAGCUCUUGUGUCUGGUAGGACCGCUCGUCUGCCUGUAGGGCAAAAACACUAAACGCCUCGCUGUAACCUCUGACCUCCCUGCCUCUCACACCCGAGCGCCUGAUCUAUUCUCGUUCAGGCAUGAAUCACACACUUGUCAGACACACAGUGUCCCUCAGGGUGCGGGCACACACACAUCCACAGAUAUAUUCUAAACACUUUCUAACCUGUCUCUUUGUAGGAGAAGGACUUGAAGGUAAACCAAGAGGCGUCCUUCAUGGUGCAGCGAAAUGGGGCUCGAGGUGUGGUCGAUGCCAAAGUCCACACCCCCUCUGGCUCUUCUGAAGAAUGCUACGUCACAGAACUUGACAGCGGUACACACAAACCUUUCUUAGUAAUAAAAAGCUGCCCUAGAGACGAGAGAAUUUGGCUUUUUCCAGGAAUAUGUAAUUAACAUGCAUGAGUAGUAAAUCAAUAACAUCCCUGAUUGUGUUGUGUUCAGACAAGAAUGCAAUCCGCUUCAUUCCACGGGAGAACGGCAUUCACUCCAUAGAUGUCAAGUUCAAUGGUUGCCACAUUCCUGGGAGUCCCUUCAAUGUGCGAGUGGGAGAUCCUGGGCUGAUUGCAGACCCAGGCAUGGUGACAGCACAUGGUCCUGGACUGCUGGGAGGAACAACAGGUACAUAUCCCUAUCACUGCCACCUUUGAUGGCCAAUUUGCAUAAUUUUCUUACAUACAUAUCAUGUGCAGCCUUUUUAAAAUCUAUCUCUGCAUCACCCUGUUCCCCUCAGGUGUAGCCUCAGAGUUUGUGGUGAACACCUGCAAUGCAGGCUCUGGCACCCUAUCUGUCAACAUUGACGGGCCGUCAAAGGUCAAGAUGGACUGUCGGGAGUGUCCUGAAGGAUACAAGAUCAACUACACACCCAUGGCACCCGGGAACUAUCUUAUCACGAUUAAAUACGGAGGGCCACAGCACAUCGUGGGCAGCCCUUUCAAAGCUAAAAUCACAGGUCUGCUACGCAGUUAUUUUCCCAUCUGAUCUGUCAUUUCUCAGACGACAAGUGUCUUGAUUAUGAAACAAGUGCUACUCUGAAAACAGGGUGGAAGUCAGGGAAAUGUUAUGUCAUCAUUGUUCAUACUGCUCCGAGUACAUCUUACAUAAAAGCUCUGUGUCUCUGGCACCACACGAAAAUAGUCCUGUCACUACUUAGUGCAUUUAAGUGCAUUUUUUAAGUAAAUGUGACAUAGUAGAUACUGGGAAGAAAAAAAGUCCUGGAAGUUAACUUUAUUUUAGAGUGGUGUGAGCUGUGUCCUUCUUUAAAUUCAGGCAGUAGUCUACUCCCUUGAAUUUUCUGCGAAGGGGAACACUCCCCACAAGCAGCAGCAUGAUUGCUUCCCUCACAUCUGUGUCGAUUUUAAGUGCGUUACAUAAAAUCUGCUCUGGGUCAUGAUGACAGUAGAUAACCUCUUGCUCUUUCUGUCUCUGUUUCUUUCUGUUGAACAGGCGCCCGGCUAUCAGGGGGACACAGCCUCCAUGAAACCUCCUCUGUUUUGGUUGAAACAGUUACUAAGACCUCCAAAGUUGGCGGAGCCUACAGCUCAUCGUCUUCCACCAUCUCAGCAAAACUGGCAUCUGAUGCCAGCAAGGUGGUCUGUCGUGGAGCAGGGCUGUCCAAGGCUUUGGUUGGACAGAAAAACAACUUUACAGUUGACUGCAGCAAAGCAGGUGAGACUAUUAACAGCAUGAAGACACAAAUAUCAAAUUUGCAUAAAAUGCUCCUUAUGAAAUUUAUAUUGAUUUUUGGCCACUAGCAGGCGUCUGAGCAAGCUGCAAACACUGGCACAUUAUCACCUUAUAAAGCUGAUGCGUUAAAAACUUUAACAAGCAUUUCAUUUGAAGUCACAUCUCUGGCUGAUUGGCCAAGACCAGAAUUCACUCUCUUUUUAGUUCUCGUUGGUCUUUGCCAAACCCUGAGGGAAAUAUCUGACUUUUGUAGAAGGCAGUUGCUAAGUUUGUCACUGACGUUUGGUGCCAGGCAGCUGCAUAAAUCUUAUCAAAGCUGUUUUACUGAAAAGAGCUGCCUGCUGAUGCUGAAAACAAAGUCAACAACAGAGAGUAAACCAAAGUUGAAAGACACUAAAACAAAGAGGUAGAGCUUAGUGAACUGCAGAAUUGGGCGAGAAUUCUCUGUGGGCUUGUCUCUUUGAGCGAUGUGUCUUGUAGUACAAUCAUUUAUUCUAUUGGCUGUGUAAAUCGUUGUGAUUGGUGCAGGAUUAAGCCAACACAACCACAUACACACACUUGAGAAAAUGCUGUAUAAUUCAAUUAUUAAAUACCUCUGUUGCUGCUCUUUCCAGGUACCAACAUGUUGAUGGUGGGCGUGCACGGACCUCAUGCUCCCUGCGAGGAUGUGUAUGUCAAACACAUGGGCAACAAGCUCUACAACGUCACCUACACUGUCAAGGACAAGGGCAGCUACACCGUCAUUGUCAAAUGGGGCGACGACAACAUCCCCGGGAGCCCUUACAAAGUUGCUGCUCCUUAAAAUAAACUGGACCAAUGUGCCAGCCCUUCUCCUCCACUGACCUGCCACCCUUGUCUCAUCUUGUCAAUCCAAUUGUCCACUACUUGUCUUCUGGCGCUGCUCUUCAGCUCAUUACAAUAUACUCAAAUCACGCACUAAAACCUACAAGGACAUCUGCUUACAGUUUUCUAGAUGACAGAAUAAUACCUGAUGUGCCAAAGUUUGGUAUUAACUCCAAGAAUUACAUUUUAUCUGAUUCCAUCCACAGUCAGAGUGAUGUGAAGGCAAAAGUAUGGUUUAUGAGUCUUGUUGGUUUAAUGUUUUGCUCGGUCCACAAAAUUUCCCAAAUCUGUUCUUGUGUUGUAAAGGGACGGCAUAAAAUAUGAAUGUUUUCAGAUGCUGGAGCUAUCAGCAGUGUUAAAGCGUGAUACGAAAUGGUUUUGUAUGGUUGAAGAACAAG